ACUUCUUCUUCUUCCUCAGACUCUCACGACAAUCUUAAACUUUCUUCUUCUUUGCAGCUUUCUCUCUAAACGCUUAAAUGCCGAGAAGUUUAGAGCCGUUGGAUAUCGGAAUCCAGAUACCGUACCAUUUCAGGUGUCCAAUCUCACUAGAGCUGAUGCGUGACCCAGUCACCGUCUGCACCGGUCAAACCUACGACCGAUCCAGCAUCGAGUCAUGGGUCACAACCGGUAACAACACCACGUGUCCAGUCACACGCGCUCCUCUGACCGACUUCACACUCAUCCCGAACCACACUCUCCGCCGCCUCAUCCAAGAAUGGUGCGUCGCUAACCGCUCCAACGGCGUCGAGCGUAUCCCCACUCCCAAACAGCCAGCCGACCCCACCUCCGUCCGUGCUCUCCUCAGCCAAGCCUCGGCCACGUCGGGAGCUCACGUCUCAGCUCGCUCACGCGCCGCCGCUCUCCGUCGUCUGCGCGGCUUCGCGCGGGACUCCGAGAAGAACCGCGUUUUGAUCGCGGCUCAUAACGCGAAAGAGAUUCUGAUUAGGAUUCUGUUCGACAACGAUUCUACGACGUCGUCGGAGCUGGUCUCCGAGUCGCUCGCUCUUCUCGUUAUGUUCCCGAUGACGGAGCAUGACCAGUGCCUUUCCAUCGCUUCGGAUCCGGGUCGGGUCGAGUUUUUAACCCGGUUACUGUUCGAUUCCUCUGUGGAGACACGUGUCAACGCCGCGGCGCUGAUCGAGAUGGCGGUUACGGGAUCGAAAGAAACGGUUUCGAACUCCGAAUCAGUUUUCGAAGGAGUUCUCGAUCUCCUACGCGACGCGGCGUCUUCGUCUCCGCCGCACCCGCGACGAGCUGUCAAGAUCGGGAUCAAAACCUUGUUCGCGCUCUGCCUCUCGAAAACGGCUCGCGGCGUCGCGGUCUCCGCCGGCGCGCCGGAGAUUCUGAUCGACCGGCUCGCGGCGGGGCUAGACAGGUGCGACACGGAGAGGGCAUUGGCGACGGUGGAAAUUCUCUGCCGGUCUCCGGAGGGAUGCGCGGCGUUCGGCGAGCACGCUCUGACGGUGCCGGUUCUCGUGAAGACGAUUCUGAGGGUUUCGGAUCGCGCGACGGAGUACGCGGCGGGGGCGUUGUUGGCGCUUUGCACGGCGGAGGAGAGGUGGAGAGACGAGGCGGCGGCGGCGGGAGUUGUGGUGCAGCUGUUGCUGAUGGUGCAGAGUGAAUGUACGGAGAGGGCUAAGAGGAAGGCGCAGAAGCUGCUGAAGCUUCUGAGAGACUCGUGGCCUGACUACUCCUUCGCUAACUCCGAUGAUUUCGCCUGCAGCGAAGUGGUCCCCUUUUGAUUUUUUAAAAUUAAUUUUCUUUUUAUCGUUUCAACAGUAAUUAUUUUUUUUUAGUUUUUUUUUAUAUUUUCCUGAAAAAAGUAUAAGGAAGUGUGGUCAUUUCUUUAUGUGUAUUUUGAUGGGAAAAAAUGUGAAUUAAGAAAAGAAAAUACAGAAGUUUUGAUGAGCAUAAGUUAGGUUUUAUGCAUUA